AAUUAUUGUAUCUCUGUGCGUUUUAUUGUUUAACUAAUUGAUAAUGUUAGUUAUUUGAAUUUUAUUACUUUUUGGUAUAGCAGAUAUAAAACUAAUUGAUGGAACAAUGUUACAUGCAUUAGCUUAAAGCACUGACAAUGAAAGAUGCUGUAUCUGUAUACAAUAACUAUAUAACUGAUGAUUGAACCUGAUGAUUGAACGAUUUAUCUAUUUAUCGUUGCACACAACUCUCAGGAUAUAGUUGGACAAUAUGCAAGCUCAGAACUAUAGCGUUUUUAUCCUAAUGCUUUUGCUCUUGCCUUUUACACAUGGAUUAUCACAGAAUCGGGUAGCAAGGCGAGUAAAGAUGUUGCUAGAAUCAGGAAAUGAAUUGACGUUUGAUGAUUUAAAUGACAUGCGGUCUGUUCAAAAACGCAUAGUCAAGAGACAAGCAGAUAACAACGUUAAUGAUAUAGACUUACAUUCAGAGCCAUGGUGUUCUACGCUAGCUGAUAGGUUGCAGGACUACAGUGAUAAAAAGAAGGACAAUUCUAAUAUGAUAAGCAAAGCAUCUUGGAGCUGGCAGAUGAAAACAUAUAAUAUGGCUGAUAUAUUAGGGGCUAUUGCAGGGAAUAAGAAUUUUACAAAAUGGCAGAACAAGUUCCUUAAUGAGAUAAGAAACUGUACGUGCGAAAAAGAAGUAACUCCAGACAUAUGUAGGCAAAGGGAAUUAAUACUAGAAUCAACCAAUUUGAAACCCCAGAAUGAAACCUUAAACAGUGAAUUGAAUGAUCUUACAACUGCGAUGCAAGCUGCUUAUGAUGGCGGCAAAGUGGAUGUUAGCGGAAAAAAUCUAGAUUUUGAUGAUUUGAUCGAUGUUAUGGGAAGGUCCAGAGAUUAUGAUGAACUUGCAAGAAUUUGGAAAGACUGGCGAGAUCAGACCGGGAGGCAAAUGAGGGAUAUUUUUCCACGAACAGUUGAACUCUUAAAUAUUGCAGCAAGAGAAGCAGACUACAGUGAUUAUGGUGAAUUUGCGAGAAAGACGUACAAGGACGGAGAUCCUGAUUAUGAUGUAGUUGAACGAGUGGACGCGCUCUACGGAGACAUAUGCUACCUUUAUAAACUCCUUCAUUUAUAUGCCAAAUUUAAACUAAAAGCAAAAUAUGGAAACAAAUAUAAAGAUGAAGAUUUUAGGAAUGAUUGUAUACCCGCUCAUAUAUUAGGAGAAAUGUACGGACUCCAUUGGACUAAUAUCUAUGAUAUAUUGAAGAUUUCACCAGACAUAACUGGAGCAGAUGUGACAGAACAUCUUCAGGAGAACAAUUUUACGGCUAUCAAGAUGGCCCGAUUGGCUGAAGAAUUUUUUGUUCGCUUAGGAUUUGACAACAUGACGGAACAAUUUUGGAACCAUUCAGUAUUUAAAAGACCUACACAUAUAAACGUAUCAUCUUCAUUUUGUCAUGCAUCAGCUACUAAUCUGUUUAAAGAUGAUUACAGGCUUAGAAUGUGUACAAAUGUCAAUUCCAAUGAUCUGUUUACCAUUUACCACGAAAUGGGUCACAUUGCUUACUUCGCAGCCUAUAAGGAUCAGCCAUAUAUUUACUCCGAGGGGGCUAAUCCAGGAUUCCACGAGGCUGUUGGAGACACAAUGUCUUUGCUUAGCAGUAACCCAAAGAUGCUUAACUACUCUGGGUUUCUUGGAGGAAAAUGGAAAUUGCAAAAUGAAACAAGUAAAGCGUGGAAAGAGUUAAACAUAAACUACCUUUUGUUUGAGGCUUUGAGGAGAGUUGUAUUUUUACCAUAUGCCUAUACCGUGGAAAAAUACAUGUGGGAUGUCUACUCAGGAAAAAUAGAACCGAAAGAUUAUAAUCGGGCUUGGGUAGAUUAUAGAAUGAAGUAUCAGGGUGUGUGUCCUCCAGUCGUUCGCUCCGAGAAAGAUUGGGACGCGGGUGCUAAAAUACACGUCGCUUCUAUGUCACCAUAUAUCAGGUAUUUCUUUGCAACCAUACUGGAAUUUCAAUUCUUGGAUGCGAUCUGUGUGGGUAAUGGGCCUCUACACAAGUGCAAUCCAUUUGGCAAGAAGGUGAACAGAAUUAACAGAACUAUGGAAAGAUUCAGGAAUAUGUUAAGUCUUGGUAGACAGAAACCGUGGCGAGAAGCUUUGAAAUCAUUACGAAAUGCUAAGCGAUCAAAGAAUGAACCCUUACCAGAUUUUAAUGCAACACAAUUAACAGAAUUCUUUGAACCUCUUCAAGCUGAAUUGGAGACCAUUCUGACGAUGAACAAUAUCGUGACUAAAAUAGAUUUGGAAGGAUUAAAGAAUAACUGUCGCGGCUGGGAUACGACUUACGUAAUGGAUACAUACUUUGAGGGCAAUUAAAAAUCGAUCUCAGGAAAUCGUAUGAUCUUUGGCAGGGCAAAUCUUCGAAACAUUCUUUCCAUCAAUACGCUUUCAGUGGAUGCGCGUUUAUUCAUUAACUAGUUGAAUCACUGAAGAUCACAAUAUGUUGACAAAGAAUAUAGAAUUACAAGAAGACAAUUUA